UCUCUGCUCUCUUCCUGAAAGCCUAUCCCUCAUGUGCUGUUCAACUUCCUCAUUACUCAGAUUUUAGGUACAGAGGCACUGCCUCUUUUGGGGCUGGAGAAACCAAUUGGCUCAGACAUUCAAGGCUAGAAAUUUUGUAAAGUGUUUUCUUUUGAUUCUCUGCACAGUAGACGGAAUCACAUCCAUACAUCAACACAUAAACAGGGAUUGCCUCACUGUGCUUUCCAACCUUUGUUAAAAUCAUUAACACUCACAGAUAUCGGAAGCACACAACACGCUGAGUUAAAGCCUCACCCUGUCUUGCACUCUGAACUCGAGGGACACUAACCCUCACCUCCAGAACCUACUCCUGACUGACUAACUCUCACCGGACACAAGGGCUGCACUGUUCCCAGCUGGACUUAGCUUCACGUUCCUUUCUGACAGAAUCCCACACCCACCAUUGCACACAUACAAGCUGCAGACGCACUCUGUGGAGAAUUUAACCCAACUGCUGCUGGCCCUAAGGGCAGGAAAGGAGGCAAAACUUCCAAUUGAUGUUGGAGACAAACUGUCAGCGCUCGGAUGGACAACAUGGAUUCUCCAGUUUACAGAAGAGCAUCAUUGAAGGAUUGUUGCUGAAGCAGACCAGUUCAUUUCAGAGGUGGAAGAAAAGGUACUUCAAACUGAGAGGGAGAACUCUGUACUGGGCCAAGGACUCAAAGUCCUUAAUAUUCGACGAGGUGUAUCUAUCCAAUGCAAGUGUGGCUGAGACGAGCACAAAGAAUAUUAACAACAGUUUCACUGUGAUAACACCUUUCAGAAAAUUAAUCCUGUGUGCUGACAACAGAAACGAGAUGGAAAAUUGGAUAACUGCACUUAAAUCUGUCCAAAAGAUGGAGAGCUAUGAGACGAGUCAACUGAACAUGGAGUAUUUCUCAGGGAUGCACAACUGGUAUGCAACAUCCCACGCUCGGCCCACCUUCUGUAAUGUCUGCCGCGAAGCCCUCCCAGGAGUGACUUCCCAUGGGCUCUCUUGUGAAGUGUGCAAAUUUAAAGCUCAUAAGCGAUGUGCUGUCAGGGCAGUUAACAACUGCAAAUGGACCACACUGGCAACCGUAGGAAAUGACAUCAUUGAAGAUGAAGAUGGUAUUGCCAUGCCUCACCAGUGGCUGGAGGGGAACCUGCCCGUCAGCGCGAGAUGUGCCGUUUGCGAUAAAGUAUGCGGCAGUGUGCGAAGGCUGCAAGACUGGAGGUGCCUGUGGUGCAAAGCAAUUGUUCACAAUGUGUGCAAGGAUAACUUUGAAAGAAAAUGCCCACUAGGGCAAUGCAAGCUGUCCAUCAUUCCACCAAUCGCUUUGAACAGCAUUGAUUCCGAUGGGUUCUGGAAGGCCACCAAUGCCUCAUCCUGCCCCAGUCCUCUCUUGGUCCUGAUGAACUCCAAGAGUGGUGAUAACCAGGGGGUGAAAUUCCUCAGGAAGUUUAAACAACUGUUGAAUCCGGCACAGGUGUUCGACCUGAUGAUUGGUGGGCCUCGCCUCGGACUCUGCCUCUUCCAGAAGUUUGCUACAUUCCGGAUCCUGGUGUGCGGAGGGGAUGGCAGUGUGGGCUGGGUCUUAUCAGAAAUGGACAAGCUCGGUCUACACAAACAGUGCAAACUGGGUGUGCUGCCACUGGGGACCGGCAAUGACCUGGCCAGGGUACUUGGCUGGGGUGGACUAUGUGAUGAUGAUGUACAGCUGCUUCAAGUUGUGGCCAAUCUGGAGCGUGCCACCACCAAGAUGUUGGACAGGUGGAGCAUCAUGACGUAUGAAGCAGCGACGAAGCAACUACCCAUCGUGACGAAGGACGAGGUCUCCAGUUCUCAGGACCCAAUAUCUCAGUACGCCAACUUGAUUGUCUAUCACUUGACAAAAGUUCUCGAAUCUGACCAACAUGCUGAUGUAAUUUCCUCUGCCAGGUUUAUAUGUGAGACAGUAAGCAACUUUACAGCUGAGGUUGGCAAAGCGUACAAGAGGGUUGAAGAGAACAAGGAGGAAGCAGACUCAAUUACAAAGAAGUGUGUAAUGUUGACUCAGAAACUGGACUCCCUGGUCAAGGUUCUUGGAGAUGAAUCCCAGGCACUGAUUAUUCCCACGGGCACCUCUCCACCAUCCACAGGUGAACAGGGUGAGGGAAAACCUGCUCAAACUGGUGGAGACCUUGAAAACAAGCCAGAUACAAAUUCUGUGCCCAAAACGUUGAAGUCCAAAGAAGAACUCAUGCUACGAGCUAACAGUUUGAAGAAAGCUCUGAGGCAGAUCAUCAAACAAGCAGAGAAAGUGGUUGAUGAACAGAACAAGCAGAGUCAAGUAACGUACAGCUGUCCCCCAAACCACAACCCGCCUGUCAUCAGGAGAGAGAACACAGAGGAGCAGGGUGACAAGAACAUAGAGACAUUGACCUCUACAACAUCCACUAUCAUACUUGACCGAUCAGAUGGAAGCAGUUCCACUGAAGAUCUCAGCUCAGUAUUUUUCUCUGAGAAAUGUGUAAUGAACAAUUACUUUGGCAUUGGGCUGGAUGCCAAAAUAUCGCUGGAGUUCAACAAUAAGAGGGAUGAACAUCCCAAAAAGUGCAGAAGUCGAACCAAGAACAUGAUGUUGUACGGAGUCCUUGGCACCAAAGAACUUCUCCAGAGAACAUACAAGAAUUUAGAGCAGCGCAUCCAUUUGGAGUGUGAUGGAGUGUCUAUCUCGCUCCCUAGCCUCCAGGGCUUGGCAGUGCUCAAUAUCCCAAGCUACGCUGGUGGAAUCAACUUCUGGGGAGGAACGAAGGAGAAUGAUAGUUAUGGAGCGCCAUCUUUUGAUGACAAGAAGCUGGAGGUAGUGGCUGUGUUUGGAAGUAUCCAGAUGGCUGUAUCCAGAGUGAUUAACUUGCAGUAUCAUCGGAUAGCACAGGGUCGCAUGGUGAAGAUCACCAUCAGCGGAGACGAAGGUGUUCCCGUUCAAGUGGAUGGAGAAGCCUGGAUCCAGCCCCCUGGAAUAAUCAAGAUACAACAUAAGAACAGGGCUCAAAUGCUGACCCGGGACAGGGCUUUUGAAAGCACCUUAAAGUCCUGGGAGGUCAAGUGCAAAGGAGACUCUAUCAAGCAGUCAGCUCGACACCGUCUAAGUUCCCAGCAGUCUAUGGAGUUUCUCACAGAAGAGGAGAUGGUAGAUGUGCAGCAGUUUUCUCAGACAGUAGAGACCCUGAUCAACAGAGUCCACCAGGCAGCAGAGAAACAAGAGCUGGUUGAGCAGGAGCUGGCCCAUGUAGUCAAUGCCUGCUCCCAGCUGCUGAAUGAAGCCUUACCAAAGCAAAACACAACUGAGGCUAUCAGCAGGAGUGUGGUUGUGGAUGUCUUCAAUAAUGUUAAGGCUCUUCGCACAGAGACCAAGUCACUCCUUGAUGGGAAAUUACUGGAGCUGGGAACUCGCUCUGAGGAAGAAUUGCUGGCUGCACUGAACACGGUUGAGAGUGAACUCCAGAAACUAUCAGAGCUCCACUGGCUUUGCCAAGCCACUCAGGCCACCGAUGAGGAGGAAACUUCCAAGGGGAAAAACAAGAGCAGCAUGAAGAACAAGAUCAAGAAUAUAUCAAAGAAAGAGAAACUCCAGAAGCAAAAGUCAAAUAAUUCCCUGUUGGGAUCUUCAGAUAACCAAGGUGGACCACAAGAGGUGCAUUAUUAGGGCUAUCAGUCUGAACAUAGUCAAACUCCCUGGCCUGUGACACCCAGGCAAGAUGGAAGAAGAAGGCCUGUUGAUAAUGCUCAGCGUGGACUCUCCGUGAGCUGCCGAGAGGGCAUCAGGGACACUGAGUGUCCCUAAUGUAAAGCAGAAUGAAUGUAACUCUUGCCCUUGUAUCUCUCAUCAAACCUCCAGCACUGCAUGGCCAGACGCAUCUUGCAACCUCCAUCACCCUUAGGCAUGACCUCAGGGAUCGCCAUGGUUACUGACUGGAUACAAUACUGUAGGACCUCACUCCUCUGAGGGGCCACAGAUCAAGACAUCGAGUUAGUAAAUGAACAAGCGAACCCAACAUCUGGGUGGUCACCUGGAGAAUCAGCUCUCAUUUGGUCAUCCUGCCCCUGAUGAAUUCUGACCAGGAGCACUGGCUUCCCACGUGUGAGAGUGUGGUUUAACCAACAUCUCACAUGUUCUCACCUAGCAAAAUAUUAGCUCUGUGUUCUGUCAGUGAACUCCUCUUGAGGAUUAUUGGGGAGCAAUCAGUAAACAUGGAUCUUAGGUCAGUACAUUACAAACUGCAAACUCCAUGUCUGUAUUAUGGGAAAAGAGAUCACAAUGGUCAUGUAAUCAAUUGGUAUUUCCAACACUCCAAGCUUUUUCCCAGACCUCCCAGACCCUGGGAGUGUUUGAUGGGCUGUGUAAAGGGAGCUUUACUCAUAGUCUAAUCCAUGAUGUGCCUGUUUGAGCAUGUGGUGAUGGUGAUGAAGAGCCUUAGUUUGUAUGUAACCCUUGCUGCCCUGCUCUGGGAGUGUGUGAUGGUCUGUACCCUCUUGAACUUUGAUCAAGGGAUAUUAAAGGUUGUAGAGUCCUCCUGAAUGUUCCCCACAUCAUCACAGUUCACAAUUCUUGCUGCAGUCCCACAUGUGCCAAGGGCUGAUGUAUGGGAGGGGAGUGACAGGAAAAUGUGCACGACAGCACAGGUUAACAGCAUUGUCCACAUUAGCAGAGGUGAAGGAGGAGCUGAAAUCACAGACUCUAUUUAAGGCAUGUUAAACAUGAAAGGUUUCUUUAUUUUUCUCUGAUUAGUGAAGAAAAUCACCAGCAUAGUGUAGAUCCCGUUCAGCCUAGCCACAGUCAGUAGUACAAUCAGCCACAAGAAUGUUUUCUGUAGUAGCUUACAAUGAACCAUAGUCUCUGUCUUAGUUCCUACUGUCCCCAUUCUGAGAAAUGCUGGACAGAGGGAAAUUUACUCAGUAUCCAUUCCUGUUGUCUCUGCCUGGAGUGUGGGAUGGGAAAGUAUAGACGGAAAUUUAUACAGUAUUUAACCUGUGCUAGUCCUGUGAUGGAAACAUUUGAUGGGACAGUGAAAUAGCAACUUUACUCUGUGCCUGUCUGAAUGUGUGGCAAGGCAGUGCAGAGAGAGCUCUGUUUUUUACCUUCAUUAACAUCCUUUACUUAGGUCGUGUAUUGGGCCAGAUUAACGGGAGCUUUCCAUAGUUUCUAGGCCAAGCCAGCUCUGCCCUAGUAAUGUGCAACCGGACAGUGUAAAGGGACCUUUAAUCUCAUGUUACAUGAGCUAAUUAUGCAAUGACUGUGCAUUAGAUUAUAGUGUAGAGGGAGCUUUACCCUCUGUCUAACCUGGGCUGUCCCUGCCCAGAUCAUGGCACUGCAGACUUCAUUCCAACGCAGAAUACCUCCCAUGUGGAAUAGCUGCGGCACUGGGCUGAGUUAGAGAGAGAGUCACAGAAUCAUAGACUACUGCAUAGAAGCAGGCUAUUUGGCCCAUCUAGUUUAUACUGAACUGCUAUACUGCCUAGUCUCAUCAACCUGCACCUGAACUCCAUAUCUCUCCCACCCACAUUUAGAAAUCUUUUAAAUGUUGUAUUGAAUUUAUAACCACACUCACAUCACUCUCUGAUUGAAGAAAAUCCCUCUCAGGUUCCCUUUCACUCUUAACCUAUGACCUCUAGCUCUAGUCUCAACCAGCUUCCGUGGAAAAAAGCUUGCUAUCCUAUCUAUAUAUAUAUAUAGGCAUCCGUUAGUCACGUGAGACUAUGGAUUUGCGCCUUGGAAGGUUUUUCAGGGCGCAGGCCUAGGCAAGAUUGUAUGGAAGACCGGCAGUUGCCCAUGCUUCAUGUCUCCCCUCUCCACACCACUGAUGUUGUCCAAGGGAAGGGCGGUAGGGCCGAUACAGCUUGGCACCGGUGUCGUCGCAAGAGCAAUGUGUGGUUAAGUGCCUUGCUCAAGGCAAGGAUAAUAUUGUAUACCUCUGUCACAUCUCCCUUCAUUCUGUUAGCUCCAGGGUAUAAAAGUCCUAACCUACUCAACCUUCCCCUGUAACUCAGGUACUCAAGUCCCAGCAACAUCCUUGUAAUUUCUGUUCUGUACUCUUUCAAAUUUAUUGAUACCUUUUCUGUAGAUUAAUGUCCAGAACUGUACAUAAUACUCUAAAUCUGGCCUCACCAGUGUCUUAUACAACUUCAACAUAACUUCCCACCUCCUGUACUCAAUACUUUGACUUAUUAAGGCCAAUAUGCCAAAAGCUCUCUUUAGGAUCCUAUCUACCAGUGAUACUUAUCUAACAGUUCUGGCAAGAUGGUACUGGUUUUGCCAUUAGUGCUCCAUAUUCAACAGGAAUAUCUGGAGUGAAUUACCCAUUAAGAAGUAAAGUGCUCCUGUCCCAGAAACAAUGUCCCUCACCCUGGUAUCUAUAGAGAUUCUACAGUCCUUUGGUCUUGACAUGGAGCUUCUGAAAUCAGGAGGGCGAAAGGGUGAUGUGCAGUUGGUGCCAGGGUUGUCUAGCUCUGUUCUAAGAGUUGGCAAAAGCAUUUCUGACCCACAGCUUGCAAGUCCUCUUCAGGAUCGCAUGGAACUGUAGGCACAUGGACAGCCCUGGGCUCCUCCAUUACUGAGACUGCCACAAAUGGGCUGCUGGGUUAACGGUCAGUGGAGGAGGAUUGCUGUUGUUGAUGCCAAUGCAGUCCCGAGUGCAGUGACUGAUAGGACCAGACCUUAACUUGUCAGGUAAUUGAGUAACAUACAAAAUUGUUCAGAGUGGUAGGGUUUCCCUACUUCAGAUAACAUACAUCAACUAUCAGACCCAUACUUCACUGAUCUCAGCCUGGAGAAUGGAGGGGAGGGAGAGUUGCCUCUGCUCAAAUUGGCUUCAUUACAUUGCUACAACACCUGAAAUGCAUUUCAUUGGCCUUAACUUGUUUUGCAUAUCCUGAGAUCACAGAAGGUGUAAAACUAAGGUCAGUGUUUUCUCUGAUGAAGCCAGGUAUCCACACCCCUGAUGUAGACAGAGCGAGAUAAACCAUUAACCUCCACUUCCCCUGUAGACAGGGAGAGUAAGCCAACUCCUACCCCCUUACCCACCGUCCACUUGUAGACAAGGAGAGAAAAAUAAAUCUCCCCUCACAUCCCAUGUAGACAGGGAGAGUAAUAUAACUCCAGGCCCUUCAUCUGUCCUCUCACAAAGACAGGGAGAGAUCAGUCUUUCCCCUCUCAAUUCCCCAUUUGGACUCAGGGAGCAGGGUAAAUUCACACCCUUUACUCAUUCUCUCCAUGUAGGCAGGGAGAGAGAAACCAUUUCGCUCCUACUUCUGACCCAGAUGGGAAGGGAGAGAGAUGUACUGCAGAAUGAUCACACUCCAUCACAGACGGAAGAGUAUUGUCAUGUAACUCCAGACUCCUCAACGCAACGUAACUUGUAGACAGGGAGUGUGACACAACUCCAAACCCAUCACACUUCCUCCCAUGUAGAUAGGGGGAAUAAUGUAACUCUAGGCCCCUCACACUCCUUCCCCAAGUAGAAAGCAGAGUAAUAUAUAACAGACUCCUUUAGUGCAGGGUUUCUCAUGCCAGUGAGCAGCUGUGCUUUGCAAACACUGACUGUCCACCUCUAUGUUUACAUCUUUAUGUAGCAAUGUGUGUGUGUAUAAAAUGUGAAUUCAGGAGAUGUAUUUAUUGUCUGAUGCAUAAGAGAUGACUUAUAAAGAGAUUUAUUUGUUUUGCACACCGCGCAAGGUUAAAUGUACUUUGUGGUAAUAAACCAAAC